GUGCCCCAAGCAGGCAUGAGGUGGCCACGGUCUGCUGUCCUCUGGGGAUGGCAGCUGGCCGCGCCGGGCCUCGGGGGGCACCCCCGCGCUUAUCCCUGGCCUGUGGAAGGGGUAGAACACCCCGCUGUGACCGAAAAUGUGGGACCCGGUCCGCCGUCCCCGGGCACAGGGCUGCCCGAGGCUCUGGGCUCCAUCCCUCGGGAACUCGCACCCGACGUGACGGCCCCGCCUGCGCGAGCGGCCCGGCAACCUCCCGUGGCAACAGCCCGACUCCAACGCCCGGGCACGGCGGCCAUGAGGGCGGCGGGCCGGGAACUGCCGGCGGCGGCGGCCGAGGAGCCGGGCAGCGAUGCCCGCGGCGAGCAGCCCCCAGGGAAGAAAUGUGUAUAUGUUGAGCCACCUAGGAGAGUUAAAGAAAUACUUGAGGAGCACGUUCAUUUUCAGAAAGAAGAAUGCGAUGUUAAACAUCCAGCUGCAGUGGCUCUAGAAGGAGUUUGGGAUGUGAGAAACAAUUUCUCCAUUAGAAGCCUGAAAGCAGUGUCACCGAACAGAAGCAGUUUACUUUUACAGCCUCAAUUCUACUCAAGACAUGCAAGAAUAAAAACAGGGAAGAAAUGUGUAUAUGUUGAGCCACCUAGGAGAGUUAAAGAAAUACCUGAGGAGCACGUUCAUUUUCAGAAAGAAGAAUGCGAUGUUAAACAUCCAGCUGCAGUGGCUCUAGAAGGAGUUUGGGAUGUGAAAAACAAUUUCUCCAUUAGAAGCCUGAAAGCAGUGUCACCGAACAGAAGCAGUUUACUUUUACAGCCUCAAUUCUACUCAAGACAUGCAAGAAUAAAAACAGGGAAGAAAUGUGUAUAUGUUGAGCCACCUAGGAGAGUUAAAGAAAUACCUGAGGAGCACGUUCAUUUUCAGAAAGAAGAAUGCGAUGUUAAACAUCCAGCUGCAGGUAAUCCUCCUUAUCAGCAAAGGGCAAGUGUUUGUCAGGACAAAUGGUUGUUUUGAGGAACUGUGGCAAAAUUAUUAUUUAAAAAAAAAAGCAACCCAGAACAUUUAUGUGAUAUCCUUGGGAACAUUUAGAAACACAAGAGUUGAAUAUAGUCUUUAUUAUUUUUUUCUUUUUUGUCAGAAAUUAUGGGACCACAGAGAACAUGGAUAAUUCCAUGUGAUCUAUCAGUUUAAUAAAGCUGAAACAAAUGCCAAGCAGUAGGAAGAGGUUUUAUUACCUUUUUCUUUCGAAAGAAGUGCUGUAAUUAUUGGAAGAGUUUCUCUUGUGUAGGAUUGAGAGACCCAAUUCUAAACUCAGUCAAAAUGAAUUUAAAACUGUUGGAUUCACAGACAAAAAUGUACUUAAAUUAGGUAUCAGAUGUAAAGACCAUAUGAGCCUGCACCUGUAUUUUUGUGAUUAGGGUUGUUAGGCAAUUACAGCAAACACCUGCAAACAACUGACUUCUGUAGGUUCUGUUUAUAGUAAACGAAGAGAAAAAGGCACUUUGAAACCUGUUCAGCUACCUGAACAUGUAGCUGAAUUGCAGAUGUUAACAUUGGUCUGCUCAAUCUGCUCAUGUUCCUAACGUUACUAGGAGCUGAACACAACUAUUUUGCUGUCUCCAUCUGCCAGUGAAUUAAAAUUGUCUGCAAUAUUUCAGUCUGAUUGUAUAAUUGGACGCUACCUUAUAUGUUCUCAUGAAUUCUGAGGAGUCUCCCAGUGAAAGGUACGUUACAAAGGGCUUAAAGUACUAAAGAUAACAUAGAAACAUUACAAAAAUAUUUAUUACAGGAACGAAUAAUAGGCAUCUA